CAAUAUCAGCGACCUGGUCAGCCAUGAGUCAGCUGUUGGGUCGUCAGGACUGCAUCGACAGCCUCCGAAAAGACGUCGUCGACCUCCAAGGUGCGAUUCUGGACGUCUUUUCUCGAACUGGACCGGUCCGCUUUUCCUCAUGGAAGUUCCCUGAUAAACUUUCAUGUAAUCUGGACAUGGUGACUCUACUAGAGCAAUAUGACUUUCUGGAUAUGGAGGAUGCAUUCAAUCAACACUCCCACAUUGUGUUAUUGGAGCUAGUGAUUGACAGGUAA